AUGAGUUCCAAUAGUCACUAUUCUAGUCCUGCACCGUCAGAGCAAACACGCUUACUAGAUAAUCCAGACGAAAAUUCAGAUCAAAAUGAUACCAAGUUUACUCAUUUUUUUGUAACGAUUGCAGUUGGUUACGUUUACGCUAUUAUUAAUUUACUUUCUUUUUAUUAUUCUGACCGCGGUCCUUUUUUCGUCAGUAAUGAGUCUCAAAUUGCUUUCUGGGGAAUCUAUAGCAUUGCAUUGAUUUCUUCUACGGCGCUUCGAAUUCGACAAACGAGAGAUGCCAUUGUAUUCGCUAAACACUGGGUCCUAGGAUGCUUUAUGACUGUUCUUUAUUUUCUAAUAUUUGUUUCAUACUUACAAGAUUAUAUGCACCAUUUAAAUCCUGUAAAAAGACCUGUCGACCUUCCUCGAUGGAUUUGGAUUAUGAUCGGUUUGGUUCUGUGUGGAUCCAUUGAAUCACAUGCAUAUUGUAUAAAAAACUCCAACGAUAUUUUAGUUGCUGUUCUGAUGACAAUAACUUAUGUGGUUCUUUUAUGUCCCAUUCCUCUGUUUUUUUCGUACAUGGGACUAUUAUUCCCCUUAAAAUGGUUAAUUUCUUCUCCAAAUUUUUUCGUUCUUUCCUUGAUGUCGUUUAGCGCUGUUACAUUAUACCAGACCUCUUCUUUCGAAAUGGCUUUAUACUGGAAGAAAAAAUUUAUUGUAGCCUGUUUAAAAUCGUUUUGUUUUACUUCUUGUAUAGGCGCUCCUGCUUUCAUCUCGGCAUUUACAAAACAUGUCAAGGGAUCUGAUAACUUGCCAAAGGGAUUCUGGUAUGCCAUGGCUGCCAUUGCAGAUGUUUUAGCAAUCCUGGAAACGAUGUACCCUGGUGCUUUAUACAGAAUCUAUCGCGGCAUUAAAGAUCCUCUUUGGAAUUCCAAACCAAUAAACGAAGACCCAACCGAAGAAGUCUAA